AGAAACAAGUAUCUUAGUAUUCCUUGCGUCUACAAAUUGCGGUUUGCCGUAUUUGCCUUUACUGUCAUUGUUUUUACUUUUUACACUUUAAAGAUUAAAAUUGUACGGGUAGAAUUUAACGAGAAAAAUAAACGAUAGUUUAAAGCUAUCCUAUCAAUUCGUUAAAAAUAUAAAUUGAAAGAUGGCCGGUCUUGUUGUUCAAUCGCGCUUCGCGGGGCUUAUGGUGGAGGGCGAAGAUUAUUGCUCGGAUGAUCAGAAGAAGAAAAGCAAGAAUAACGUUGCUAAAAAAGCUGAGCCUGCAAAAAAAGCAAAACCUGUCCCAGCUAAGACUCAGGUUGCUAAGAAGAAGAAGCCAAAGCAGGCUGCUCCGUCAUCCGUUCAGUGGGAACAGUGGAAGGAGAAGGAUGAACAACUUGUGGAUGGAAAUUUUGAAGAUGAACUGCAACAGGCUAUUUUACUCUCAAAAUUAGACUAUGAAGAAAAGAAAGAUGUUUACCAGCAGAUAAAGAAAGAAACAGAAAACACAAAGAAGAAAGAAGAAGCAGCCCGCACAUCCUCAAAGAAGCAAAAAAAGAAGAAUGUCAUGAGCCUGGACCAGUUUAACGACAUGGUGGCUGGUGAUGAAUCUAAAACAAGUCAAGAAGACGAUAAAUCCAUAGAACCCAAAAAUGAAAAGCCUAAAGACGACACAGAGUUCUUUGAAAGAGUAAAAUCAGAGACAAAGAACGAAUUACUGAAAGACAAAAUCAUAGACAGGGUGAAGUCACAAACUCGUCACCACACCCCAGAUAUAACUAAGGCACAGUUUGUUGACGCUUUGGAAAAGAAAGAUAAUGAGAUACAGGCGCUAAAAGAGGAGGUCAUAAAUUUGAAAAAAGAAUUAUUAACAGUCAAGUCUAGAAAUAAGAAGUUAUGCAGUAUACUAGGACAGGGAGAAAUGAAAGACAAAGCGGAAGUAUUGGUAGAAGUGGAAAGGCUUCGGGCCGUCCAGGACGAGCUGACGGCGGAGAUCGAGUCCCUCCACGCCGACCUCGAGAAGGAGCGCUCCAAGAACGGGGACCCCCGGGCUAAAGAUAAGAAAAAUAAUGCAAAGAAGAAACACAUACGUUUUGACGUUUCAUCCGAAGCCUUAAUAUCAAAAGAGUCAAGUUCCGGGACUGCCUGAGAAGAGAUUAAUUUAUUUAUAAAUGAUAUGAAGAAACUAAAGUGAUAGUAAAAGAUAGAAAUAAAUACCUAAUUUACAGAAACGAUUUUUAUCAUUUUGAUUUGUUAAGGUAAAUGAUUGCAAUCUUUCGAAUUCAGUAUGCAAAUAUAUAUGAUACCUAAAUACUAUUACAAAGAAACCUAUUUAGUACCUAUGUUUCAUAUAUUGUUUUCGUAAAUAUUAUUCUUCUAGCAUAUAAGAGUUUAGUUUAUAUACAAUUAUGUUAGAAGUCCUAUCGCAACCUCGAAUUUUUUUAACAGAUCAUGAUUCAUUGUAGUUUUUUUUUUCUAUGUAUGUUCGUAAGUAUGCUUGAAAUGCACUGUUAAAAUAUUAUAUGUUCUACGUGUAACAUUUAAAAUACAUAUGCAUGAUACAUGAUUAUGAUUACAAAAUUAUAAUGGUUAUUUACGAUACAAGUGCGAAAAAGAGGAAAUUCGAAACGAG